AUGUACUUUCAGAUGCUUCUGCUUAAUUAUACUAUGGUGGGAUGAUGAGGGUGGUUCUUCAUUUUCGGAUGUGGCUAAAUAUUUUGGCCUCAUUGUUAUCUAUAUCAUUAUGUUGCAGAUAGUGGAAAACACAAAGGAAUUCAAGCAGAAAUUAAAGGCCAGCAUUAGAAGAAAAUCUGAUCUAUUUAGGAAUGGUGAUUUUGGGACUGACAGUACAAUUGGGUGCUACAGGAUUUGAAGAAAGAUAUUACAAAUACAAAUUUUCUGCUGAAAGCCCGGGGGAAAUUGAAAGCAAAAGGAAAGAAGUAGUUAAAAGCUACACAGAAGGACUGCUCUGGGUUCUUUUAUACUACUUUUCCGGUCCCCCAUUGUGGAAAUGGUUUUAUCCUUUUCAUUAUGGACCAUUUGCCUCUGAUAUGAAGGGCCUAGCUCAGAUCAAACCACAGUUUCAAAAAGGUUCCCCAUUUAAACCUAUAGAUACACUCAUGGCUGUCCUGCCACCAAGAAGCGCUCAUGCACUUCCUAAGGAUUAUCAGACACUUAUGACGGAAGAGUGUUCCACAAUCAUUGAUUUUUAUCCUUCUGACUUUGAAAUUGACAUGGAUGGGAAGAGAUUUAUGUGGCAGAGUUAA